AUGGCUGCGCCGUUCCCAUCUCCGACUGCGACAUGGCAUACAGAGAGUUACCCAGCCAUCUCUCCCAACCGUCCUGAACUUUCUGCCGAAGGCAAGACAGUAAUAGUGACAGGGGGUGGCACUGGAAUUGGCGCAGAGACAGCCAUGUCUUUCGCCAUAGCAGGUGCUUCUCGACUGGCCCUUCUUGGCCGCCGCAAAGAGCCCCUUCUAGCGACCAAAGCUGCUAUCGAGGAGAAAUUCCCCGAUAUCGAGCUUUUUGUGGCUGCUACCGACGUCACCAACAGGACUCAGGUUGACGCAGCUUUUGAAAGCUUUGCUCAAUCCGCGAAAAUCGACAUUCUGGUCAGUGGCGCGGCCAUGAUCGGCCCCCAGGAUCCUGUUCGGGAUGUAGAUGGCGAGAUGUUUCUAGAUGCCGUCAAUCAGAACCUACGAGGAACUUUGUUUGUUUCACAGGCUUUCCUUCGUCAUGCAUCUAAGCAUGCAACAGUUAUUGACAUUAAUUCCUCCGUUGCGCAUGUGAAUUUUGGCCCUGGCUUUUCUGCGUACAACGUCGCCAAGCUGGCAGUAUUCCGACUUUGGGAUUCCGUGGCUGCUGGGAAUCCGGACCUUUGCAUAUUCCAUAUCCAGCCUGGAAUCGUCGACACCGAUAUGAACAAAGAGGCUGGAGGUAUUGAAGCUAUUGGUAUCGAGGAUCAUGUUUCUCUACCGGCGAACUUCAAUGUUUGGCUUGCGAGUCCUGAGGCUCAAUUCUUGAAAGGAAAGUUUUUGUGGGCAAAUUGGGAUGUUGAUGAGUUGAAAUCCAACGCAGAGGAGAUCGAGGGGAGUGGUCUCCUUAGUAUUGGGCUUGGUGGUUGGCCCUUUCAGAAUGCCAGUUGGAGUGCCACGUGGAAGACUUGA